AUGUCAGACGAUGUUGUUGUUUUGCUUUCCCCUGUGUGCCUUUGUUGGCAGUACUUUACUUCAUUUAGUGAUUGGAAAUUAUCUGCAACCCCUGCGGAAGAAUAUUUACACAGUGAAUACUUCUUUGGAAACUGUUUUAAAUCUCAAGGUGCAGUUUUCUACACACAUACAUCUUUUAAUCAUUUACAACUUUUGGGAAAGUUAAUAUUACGUGCUUGGAUACCUGUUCCUCGGAUUCCUACGUGCAUCAUACUCAGAGCCACUUCUAGCCUAGAUGAUCUGUUUCGAUACACUUCGUAUAAUUUUCAAGUGUGCGUCCCUCGCAUCACCUACUGCCACUCACAUACUCGAUACAAAUACCACUUCUUGGAGUGGUACAUCCCUAAAAACUUUACGGGAGGAAUGGACUGGGAUGUGUACUUUUUUGGACCCCGUAGUAUGCAGUGGUAGCAAAUUA